AUGCUAACGUUUCCCGGAUUUGUGCCGUUAGGUGAAAAACAGUCUGUUCAAGCGGCAUGUGAGGCUCGGCGACGAUAUCUGGCUGCACAUCUUGUGCCUCUGUACGCUAAUACGAACCCAACCGAACUCUGGAAUAACAUCGUUAAGUAUAGGGAACAUAGUGGUACAGAUUCAAAUGACUGUGUAGAAACAUACGAAGAACUGAGGAUAUCAUACAAGGGGUAUAAGAGUAUGGUAUAUAACCUUGUUUUCCACAUGACCAUUGAAGAAGAUAAAGCGGCACCGGCAUCCGAGCGCGAGUCCCGCAAGCGGCUGUACUUUAGUCACCCGUUUCUUUCCCCUGCCACUUUUUUAUCCUUCCCGCGCGCAGAGGAUGGAACGAUAUCUGCCGUUCCCAUGUAUGCUUUCGCAGCUAAGCGGCUACUUCUCUAUAGGUUGCGAAUUAAACUUGAACUAACUGCGAGGGUUGUUCCUAUGGUUCUGCAGGAUCCCGUUUCUAAAGUAGCGGGGCAGCUGCGAUGCCCACCGAGUGCAUCAUCUCCCCUUUCCAAUGGUUUAACGCAGGAUGAUAUUGAAAACUUUCUAGUGGAGUUGGUGCCGAAUUUGCGCCUCGUGCGGGAUAUACCGCCAUGGAUGCAACCGUAUUAUCUCUGUCAUGCAUCGAGAAAGUUUAUGUUCAUGUGUGAUACGAGACGUACUGGGGCUAUAGCCAUCGACACCAUGAUGAAGAGCGAUGUCUUCUCAGAGCUGCUGCGCAUGUAUGAGAGUGACGCACAAGAUGCCAUCACAACUUUUCCAGAGGGUUGCACGGUGGAUGUGGCUGCCUCACAUUUAGUGGCAGAUACUGGCGUUGAUGACACGGUGGCAGCAUUAGUUAUUUCUUAUGAGGGAGAAGGGAAUCAUCCAGACGACAUGUACACUGUGAAGGCACUGGAGGAAGAAACUGUACUUCGCGUCCGCAGAAGUCAGUUAUAUUGGAACCCGGGCUCUACCGAGUUCCUCACACAAGAUGUGUUGAGUAUGGACAACUGGUUUUCUCUUCCCCUCAUGGGUCGAAUUUAUGAGCACUACACGAGUUUGGACCUUGAUGGUGAUGGCGUUCUUUCUAUAGAUGAACUUGCCCGCUACUGUGACAGUAGUUUUACCAGUUUAGUGGUUGAGCGGGUAUUUGAGUGCCACGUCCCGCACAGCGGCAAGCAUCAUGUAAUGGAUUAUAAGACAUAUUUGGAUUUUGUCAUUGCAACGGAACACGCGGCGACCCUUCCUGCUAUGAAAUACAUUUGGAGCAUUCUAGAUUUAGAAGGAACAAAGUCGUAUGUUACUGUAGAUACCCUGCGGGGUUUCUGCAAAGAGGUUGCAAGUGAACUCAUUGCUAAUGGUCUCAUGACUGAUAUUUCAGCGCAAUCAAUUCUAUCAGAAGUGAUUGAUAUGAUCAAUCCUAAGUGGCACGAAUGGGUAGAAUUUGAUGACAUUGUACGAUCUGGUCACCAGGCAACUGUGUUGCCCAUCUUGUUGAGUUACCGUAAUUUCUACGCAUAUGAUUGUCGCGAGCAAACGGCAGCUGAAGCCAAUGAUGAAUAUGCGUAG